UGUGACUUAUAUGUUAAUAUUGGCAGGUGAAGAAUCUCAGAAUGGAAACAAUAUGCAUGGUUGUCAAAAUGGAGGGCCAAAUCAUUCAAUGGCGAUUGUGCCAAUAUCAGGUCCAGGAAGUGUUGUAGGUGGUCCCAGCACAGGCACAAAUUUAAAUAUUGUUUCAGGGGGAAUGCUUGCUGCUGCUGGCUCAAGGGAAACCAUUCAGCCACAGAUCUGGCUACAGGAUGAAAGGGAGCUAAAGAGGCAGAGAAGGAAGCAAUCCAAUAGGGAAUCUGCUCGCAGAUCCAGAUUACACAAACAGGUACUAAGAAACCGUUUCCCUUUCAGAAAGAAAUAGUAGCAAUUUAGGAAAGGAAGAAAUGAAAGUAGGAUGCUUGCUAUAUUUAAUCCUAAUUGAUUGAUGUACUGCAAAGUGACAUCACACCUAGUUAGUUGGUUUGGUUCAUAAAUAAACAGAGCUUUCAGAUUCCAGUAAGCAUUCUGGGAAUCUUCUUCAAGAACAUGAAUAUUCUUGAAAGGAUUCUGAGUAUAAUGUGAACUGAAACUUGGCAAGAU